CAAGGUUGGAUUGUCCCCGCGAGGACGCCGUAGGCGGACGCGGCUCGUUGCCUGGGAGACGGGUGAGGAAGGGAGGGCACGAUGGAGGGAGGCACGGGAGCAGUGUGUGAGGCGGCGGCAGCAGAGGCGGCGCGGUGAGCGGGCGGCAAGCGGAAUCUUCACCACGAAGACGGCGGCGGCGGCAGCAGCGACGGCGGGAUCGAGGAGGCUGGGAACAGGCAGGAGGGAAGAACGCUUAAAAGAGUUUCAUUACCAUGAAGAAACCUCUUCUCCUGGAGUUAGAGCAAGACUGAAUGAGUAUGGGCUUUGAGAAGACAGAAAAUCAAGGUGGGACACCGUUAGCUGAGAGAGGAAGGCUCGAUUUUAGAAGACUGAUGAGGGCAUACACAGAAGGGAGUCUGUGAGGCUGCUGGCCCAGCAUGGGCUUCUGGAAUAUGCUGAAAAAGUUUCCUUUAGACAAAGAGUAGCAGGAAGAUGCAGCCCCCCGUCGUCGCUGGUUUAUAAAGUUUGCCUUAAUGAAUACAUCUUUGAACACUAUUCCCAUUCUCUUCAGGCAGCCUGCAGUCUGUGGCCUGUCCCAGAUUACUAGCAGCCUGUAUCUCGGCAAUGGCUUGGCCGCUAAUAACAAAGUCAUACUAUCCAGCAACAAAAUCACCACCGUCAUUAACGUGUCCGUGGAGGUGGUGAACACCUUCUAUGCCGACAUUCAGUAUGUCCAAGUGCCUGUGGCUGACACCCCGCUCUCCCGCCUGUACGACUUCUUCGACCCAAUCGCCGACAAGAUCCACACAGUGGAAAUGCAGCAGGGCCGUACGCUGUUGCACUGUGCAGCUGGCGUCAGCAGGUCAGCGGCCCUCUGCCUGGCCUACCUCAUGAAGUACCACUCAAUGUCCCUCCUGGACGCUCACACCUGGACCAAGUCCUGCCGACCCAUCAUUCGGCCUAACAACGGCUUCUGGGAACAGCUCAUUCAUUACGAAUUCAAACUCUAUGGCAAAAACACAGUUCGGAUGGUGAACUCUCCCUUUGGCGUGAUCCCGGAUGUUUAUGAGAAGGAGGUCAGAGUGAUGAUCCCGCUGUGAUGGUAAUUAGCUUUCUGCUAUUCAGGGUGAAGGGUGCAAACAUGUCAGUCACUCACUCUAGACCAUGGUCUGACUUGAAAAUAAACUCUUCAACUCAAGCUUUAGACUUUGAUCCAUACCGAAAAGCAGAUGAGAAUGUGAGGUCAAAGAGUGAGCUCUGCUGGGGCUUCCCCCCUGAAUCAGCAUCUAUAAAGAAUAAAACUCAGUCACUUCAAAAGUUAUCAAGAACUUAAUGGUCAAGAACCUCCUUGGGCCCGGGCACAGCUCAGCCUGGAUCCCCCAAGAUUCCCUAAGUAGUCAGGGAGAAGGGUUAUUGAGCAGGGAAGUCGGGCUCUGGACAUUUGCUUGGCAAAGAGAGGAGCCAACAGGGAGCCUCUUGGAGCUGAUCCAAGAAGGCUGAGGACAAAGUGACAGGUUGGGAAAACUUGAGUCUGGCCAGUGACCAUGUCAGCCAUCUUCCUAAGGCCGGAUCUAUGCCCAUUCUCUCCUUCUGCCUGUUACUUCCCCCUCCAGUUACUUUCUGGUGAGUUCCAUCCUUGAGAACCAAGAGGCCCUAACCCUCUAGAGAUUCAGGGGCUGUCCAGUAACUGAAUGGGGACUUUUCCAUGCCCUGAGCCAAGCCAAUGUGCCCCUGCUCCCUUCCCUUUCCUGAGAGACAAGGUUGCCUCAUAAGUGUCCAGAGGACCAUUCCAGUUGUCUCACUGAAAGGAACACUGCAGGAUAACCCACUUCAUCUAGGCCUUUCCUAAGUAUCCUCCCGAAGUUCAUCUAACUAAGCUUUUCCUUGGCAUUCAUAAUACCGGCUAGGUAGGUUAGCUAAGACCCAGGUACUCCAGCUCCAUUCCCUUAAAAUAAACAGCUUAUAUCUGUGCCUGCUGAAAUCCAUGUCAGGGAACCACUAAAUGGUACCAAGUAGUCAGGGUGUGCCUAUAGGUGGCCAGCCCUACUCCUCCUCUAGCUUCCCUAGAGGCCCUUUAAGUGGGAUGAUAUCUAAUGAUCCACUAAAUGGGUUUCUAGCAGGGUUCUCUGGUGCAGUUUUAUCAGCUGAAAGAUCUUUUACAGCAAAGGAUCCUUAAUAAAACAUCUGAAAUUUUAAAAA